CUCUGUCUAGUUGUAUGGGUAACGACCAAAAGCGAAAGGGAAAAGGUUUGAAACCGCAUUCUAGAUGGUGGAUAAUAACGUAUCGUUUUCAAACAGAUUGUGUCUGUCGUUAGUUGACUCACCUAGUCUUAUUAUAGCUCUCUACAUUAAUCCUUUUUGUUGGUUUCUAGCACUCAAGUGUCGCAAUUAUUCUUUUGUGAACACCAUCAAUACUAGUUGUGUAAGCUGAAGAUUUCAGGGGAAUGGAUGGAAUUCAAUCUUCGGACGCGUCAUCCAAUCGGAUUGAUAUGAUUGAUACUAGAGCAACGGGAGCUGAUGCAGAUCCUCACGGAGUUCUAAUCCGCAAAGCUGUUAAGACGUAUGGUUCCGGCAAAAGCAGUUGCAACGUUCUACAAGGGCUGGACAUGUCCGUUAAACGAGGAACUAUAUAUGGACUGUUGGGGGCUAGUGGUUGUGGGAAAACCACACUUUUAAGUUGUGUUGUUGGCAGUCGUGGUUUAAAUAGCGGAGAGAUAUUAGUCUUGGGACACGAGCCCGGUUCUGUUCAUAGCGGAGUCCCUGGCCCUAAUGUCGGCUACAUGCCCCAAGAAUUGGCCCUCUAUGGAAAUUUUACAAUCAAGGAGACGCUCUUUUUCUUCGGUGGCAUCUACAAGUUAAAGGCAGCAUUCAUCAACUCACAAUGUGAAUUUCUGUCUAAAUUGUUGGACCUGCCUCCUUGCGAUCGUUACGUCAAGACGUUGAGCGGCGGGCAACAGCGUCGCGUGUCGUUCGCCGUUGCGCUGUUUCACGAACCGGAAUUGCUUAUUUUAGAUGAACCAACUGUUGGAGUGGAUCCAAUACUUCGGCAUAGCAUCUGGAACCAUCUUGUACGGCAAAGUGUCGAGCAUGGAAGAACAGUCAUUGUUACAACCCAUUACAUCGAAGAAGCACGUCAAGCUCAUACGGUUGGAAUGAUGCGGUCAGGUCGGUUGUUAGUGGAAGACUCACCUGAGAAGCUGCUAAGAACAUUUCAACUCUCUUCGUUGGAGGAUGUCUUCGUCCAGUUUUGUAUAAGAGCCGAUGGUAGACAUUCAAUUGGACAAGUUAGUUCGACCGGUUCGAAUGCUGUAAUUUGUGAUUCAACUGAAUCCAUUGCGUCUCAAACACUUUCUCGUGAAACAAACGUUAAUACGGAAAACCCACUUAACGUUUCUGAAACGAUCCAGCCAGUUAAAGACGAUUGCGUUAGUUCUAAAGCAGGAUUAUGCCAAAGUUUUAACUACAAAAACAUCUUGCCAUGUCCUCAUCGUCUUUCCGUGCUCAUUCGCAAGAACUAUUUGAUGUCAUUUCGCAACAUUGGAUUGUUUCUGUUGACCUUUUUAAUGCCCAUUUUCCAAUCGGCCGUGAGUAACAUUACUCUUGGUAACGAGCCUACAGAUCUCAGGAUGGCAAUUAUCAAUGAUGAGCUUGAUCCGGGUUUGGGCCGCGUUUGCACCAACGCGACGGAUUGCGAGUAUUCCAUGCUUAGUUGUCGUUAUCUUCGUUAUAUUAACGACAAGAUAAUUCAGGUCCCCUAUGAAAAUAUAUCCGAUGCUAUAGAAGCUGGAAGAAGAGGUCACGUCUGGGGUGUUGUCCACUUCGGUAGAAAUUUCACUGAAGAAUUCGAAAUGAGAGAUUGGGCCAUAGGAUUAGAAAACGUCAUUGACAGGCGGAUAAAUGUUCACAUGGAUACAUCUAAUCAACAGGUUGCUGUAUUUAUCCAAAAAUGGCUGGUUGAAGCAUACGAUGGUUUUGUGAAAGAUUUUUCAAAAGUAUGCGGACACAAUCCGGAAGCAGGAGGCAUGCCCCUUACGUUCCUCGAUCCAGUUUACGGUCGGAAAGAUACCCCGUUUACUGAAUUUAUGGCUCCUGGUCUUAUGAUAUCGAUCAUUUACUCCGCUGCCCUUCUUUUAACAGCAGCCACGAUGGUCGCAGAGAAAGAACAAGGUCUUCUAGAUCGCAGUCUGGUAGCAGGUGUUCAGAUGCAUGAAAUUUUGUUUAGUAACUUGUUGAGCCAGUUUACUUCGAUGGUUGGUCAGACAGUGUUGACUUUCUUGGGAGUGCUGUUGAUUUUCAAUGUCCCUUGUUACGGAAAUGUAGCAAUUGCUAUGUUGGUCGUUGUUCUUCAAGGAGUCGUUAGCAUGUCUUUCGGUUUGCUGAUAGCCGUUGUUUGCGACAACAUGAAUGGGGUUAUUUCUCUUACGACCGCAAACUUUUUGCUGGUGUUUAUUAUGGGUGGAAUUCUGUGGCCGAUUGAAGGCUUGCCAUUUGAUUUAAGAGGUGUGGCUUAUUGUCUUCCAUCGACGAGUGCCAUAGAAGCUCUCAGAUCUGUUAUGACCCGUGGAUGGGGGUUAGAAAAAGCUGCUGUUUACGGAGGCGUUCUUAUGAGCCUUGUAUGGAUUUUUGGGCUGUUGGCACUAUGCAUAUGUGUCCUGCGUUAUCGUCAGAAUUCUACUUAGAAGUAUGUAAUGUGCGUUUGUUAUAUUUAAUUGAUUUAUAGGUGCAUACGAGUCUAACUGUUUUAUUAAAUCGUUUAUUUCUCACAUCUGCGGUCUUAAGAAUCGCUUGUGUUUCCUUAUACGACACUGUUGUCGCGUUUGUACUUCAUUUCUUUCAUCAGGAGGUAUAGAUGGAGAACUCGUUUGGUUCUGGUUUGAUGCCAACAAUCCUGUACAGCGGCAUUAAAAUUAUUUAAUAGUUUUUGGAAUUUGAAGGUGUUCGAUUAGUGUUGCCAAUCUACUUUAGGAAUCAUUCGAAAAACAUCAUUUACCUUGGCGUACGGAUAUAUAAUGGAAGUGUGUAGGUGGCGGGGAGUUGGCUAGGAUUAAAUAUUACACUGAUUAUUAUUUUUGUU